AUGAAGGCAGAAAUAGGAAAGGUGGACUAUGAGGAAAGUCGCAAGCGCCCUCGAGAUAAUUCUCAGUCUUCUGGAUUAGGCAAUCAGCGCCGCCGUGUUUUCAUUCCAUACAGCGCUGUGCCUCGUGCUCCUAAUGCACCAAAGUCUUCUGGUUAUGCUCCUCGCCCACAAACUCCAAACAAUGCUGGUGGAACAAACUAUCGUCCCGCUAUGGGUACUCCAGGCAGUGGUGCGUGCUUCACUUGUGGUCAACCUGGUCACUACAUGAAGGAGUGCCCCCACAAUACUUCUGUUUGUGGUGCUCCACCACCAAAGAAGUUUACCAAGCCUCAAUUUGCUGGCAGGCAGCUGCCUGGCGCGCCCCGCGCCGUCGAUGCUGCCGGCGGCCUGGAUCCUCCCCGCCGCCCCUGGCCGCCUAUAAACGUCGCCGCCGACCAGGGGAGAAACCCCUUUUCGCCUCCCCCUCCUUUUCUCCUCCUCUCUGCGCCCGGCGGACCAAACCCUAGCCCACGGCCGCUCGCCGUCGCCGCCGUUGCCGGCCGCCCCAAGCUCGGCCGCCACCACCCGAGCUCCGCCGUGCUCCCUCGGUUCUCCUCCACCAAACGGCGCCCGCGGAGGAGCUCCCCAACGCGCCAAUCGGACGGAGCCCGACCCGCCGGCCACCGGACCUCGCCGCCGACUCCGGCCUCCCCUCGCCUCGCCGUCGGCACCACGAGCUUCGUGGUGAGCUUCGAGCCGAUUGGUGCUCCUCCCCUCCUCGAUUGCUUCCUCUACCGGCCCCGCACCGUGCGCUCGCCCGGCUCUCCGCGCGAGCUCGCCGGAGACGCCCCUCCGGCGACCAAUGGAGGGCGGCGCCGCCCUAUUCUGGUUCGCGGGGACGCCGCGCGUCUAAGGCGCCCACCCGCGCCUCCUCCCGAGCCCUCUGGCGACAAGGCCGUGGUCGACCUGCAAGGGCAGGCCAUGGCUGACGUCGUCAUGACGUCACCAUGA